GUCUAGGGUGCGAUGCAGAGCCUCGCCACGGUGCGUGACCUGGCGAAGCAGGAGACGCGCACGUCCCCACCGUGUGCGUCUCUGAAAUGGGCGUGUGAACCGUGCAGCGCCGGCACCGCCGGCCGGGACAGGCAAAACCGCGGAGGGCAGGGCAGCCUCCUUGCUCGCCCUGCCCAGCCUGGCAUCUAAAGGACAGCCUUCCUCCCGGCCGCCCUCCCAAACCGGAGCGGGACCUUCCCCGUCCCUUGUGCGGCGAGCUGCAUCCCCCUCUUAUGCUUGCUCCGGGCUGGUGUCCGCCGCAGUCCCGUCCGGCAGUCGGGAGGAAACUUCCAUGCUAGAAUAUUGUCACCUCCAAUUCAUCAUUCAGCAACAUCUGACACUUCAAAGCCUGGAGCGGCUCUUACUGCUGCAUGACUCUGCCUUGAACUGACAUACGAGACAUCUUAAGCAGUCUUCCUUGGCUUCCUGAGCCAAGGGAUUUUUUACGAUGGAUUUCUCAUGGACCUGUGCAAUGCGUGCUCAGCAGAGCCUGCUGUAGCCUAGGAAUUGGCGAAGUCAAGACAAUCAAGAUGACAAACGAACCUAUUAAAGAGAUCCUGGGUGCUCCAAAGCAUCCUGAUUCUGUAACCACGGAGAAGAGUAAUAACAAUGACUGUGUGAUAACCACCAUCCCUCUUGUCAGUGAAUGCCAGCUGACUGCAGCAACAGGGGGAGCAGAACUCUCCUGUUACCGCUGUACCAUUCCCUUCGGUGUGGUUAUCCUCAUAGCCGGCAUUGUGGUUACUGCUGUGGCAUACAGCUUCAAUUCCCAUGGAUCGAUCAUCUCAGUGUUUGGAUUAGUCCUCUUGUCAUCAGGACUCCUUUUGCUGGCUUCUAGUGCAGUGUGCUGGAAAAUCAGGCAGCAAAACAAGAAAGCAAAGAGGCGGGAGAGCCAGACAGCGCUUGUGGCAAAUCAGCGAACCUUGUUUGGUUAAAGACAACCAAGAGAAGGCUGGACAGAAGACAGAACCUUUGUAAGUCAGCUUGACUAUUUAUCAAUACGAGAGAAUGCAGGUUUUAAUUUAACUUUGGAAAUGAACUGAAAUGAAAAUGGAAUGGAUUGAGAAAUACGCUUUAAAACUCUGCAAGUGCUCUUAAUAUUUUUCUUACUGCAGACUUGGUAGUGAUUCUUUCCAAGACGGAGGAAAAAACAGUUUUCCUUCACAGAAAAGUGUCGUCAUAACUGCAAUCAUCAUAACUGCAUUCUCCAACAUGCUGAUUGUGUUGGAAAGCGAACUUGUGAGAACUAAGAAAAUAAUUUGAACUGACUUGAAAUGCCAGAGAUCUCCUUAAAAUACACACUGUGACAUUUGACCAAGGGAGAAGUCAUAGCAUGUGAAGUGACUACAAUCUUACGGCCAGAUUGUCCGUGACUUAAAUUGUAGCUCAAAAGAAAAAAAAAAAGGCAGUAAUAACCAAACACACUGCAGAUUGCUCAAUAAGCUGAUUCGUAUAUUUUAUGUAACUUUCCCCUCCCAAUAUCUGUGGUACUUUCCCCCUUUUUUAAACCAACUAAUAUUAAUUUUGUUUUACUAUUGAAUAGAAAUAGGUAGAAAUGUGUAAUUAUAUUGUCUAACCUAAAUAACGAGGUAUGAUUAUAUCUUAAAACAUGAGACUUUUUUUGUAAAUUAAAGUGGUCAGGUUUAGCACUUUUGAUUAUUUUGCUAUAAAAUUAAAAAGUAAAUUUCAUUAAAAUAAUAUUCAGUGCUGCUAGACCUUUAGAAAAUCUUUUUUUACUGCUAUCAAGAUAGCUUGUAUCUUCAACUUUGACUGCUUUAUGAUUCUAUUUUUGUAGAACAACACCUGUGACAAUAACUGUGAACAUAUGUACUGCUGAUCUCUUCCAAAAAUCUCUGUAGACUAUGGAUUUUGGUUUGACAGCCCACCCCUCUUGUAGCUUGAUUAACAGGUCAGUUAUUGAAAAAUCGUAACAGUCAGUUCUGCAGACACUUACUGGCAUAGCCAGUUUUAGACACAACUAUUAAUAAUUACUUGUGGAAGC